AAAAUAUAUCGGAUAAAGGACAAUUUUUCCAAAACGAUCAUUCAACAAGUGUGUCAUCAGAAAAAUUCAACAAUGGCUUAUUCAUUGGCAAGUGGAUAAACAACUUAAUGAAGAUUCUUUAUGGCAGUGAUAAUGAUUGCAGUUCUAAUUGAUGGAAAUUAGAAAAAAGGUGAUUGACAUUAAAAAAAAGAUGAAAUGGCGCCAUCGUCGUCGCGAUCAUUACCGCAGCAACGAAUAUUCCCAUUUGAAAAUUGGAUGAACUCAUUAAAAAAUAGAAUUUAAAGAAUUGAGAAUUCCUAAAUUGAAAAAAAAAAAAAUAAUAAAGAAGAAAAAGAAGAAAUAUUUUCCCAAUUUAUCAUGAUGAACGUCACAUUAAGCGAGGGGUUCAAUACCACCAAUUCAACAAUCAACAACUGCCAAACGAACUUUUCAAUAACAUCAUUAAUAGCUCAAGUCAUCUAUUCGGGUGUUUGUAUUGCAGGUCUUGUUGGUAAUACAAUGGUGAUUUAUGUAGUUGCACGCUUUUCAAAAAUGCAAACAGUCACCAAUAUUUAUAUUCUCAAUUUAGCCGUAGCUGAUGAAUGUUUCUUAAUUGGAAUUCCAUUUCUAUUGACAACAAUGUCAGUGGGUGCAUGGACAUUUGGCACAGUAAUGUGUAAAAUUUACAUGACAUCAACUAGUAUCAAUCAAUUUACAAGUAGUAUUUUCAUUUUUAUUAUGAGCGCCGAUCGAUAUAUUGCCGUAUGUCAUCCAAUAUCAUCGCCACAAUUUCGUACGCCAUUUAUCUCAAGAAUUGUAUCACUUGGCGCAUGGUUAAUGAGCGCAUUAUUUAUGAUACCAGUGUUUCUUUAUGCCAAUGCAUUGCCAAGUGAAAAUGGUUCGCUAAGUUGCAAUAUUUAUUGGCCCAAUGAACAUGGUGGUCAAACAACAUUUACAAUUUAUACAUUUGUCCUUGGCUAUGCAAUUCCAUUGACACUUGUAUUGGUCUUUUAUAUUCUCGUAUUGAGAAAAUUACAAACAGUUGGACCACAAAAUAGAUCCAACGAUAGACGACGUUCCAAUAGAAAAGUCACAAUUAUGGUAUUGACUGUCAUAGCGGCAUAUAUCUUUUGUUGGGCACCAUAUUGGAUAACGCAAAUGUCACUCAUCUACACUGAACCGAAUGAAUGUCAAUCGGAAUUGACAAUUACAAUAUUUCUCAUGGCUGGUGUAUUCUCAUAUUGUAAUAGUGCUAUGAAUCCAAUUCUUUAUGCAUUUCUCAGUGAUAAUUUUCGUAAGAGUUUUGCGAAAGCAUGCACAUGCACCGCCAGUAAGGAAGUUAAUGCAAAUCUUCAUUUUGAAAAUAGUGUCUUUCCAAGGAAGAAUAAAGGUAAUAAUGAGAGACUACAAGCUGAUCGAGUGGUUGUAUCGGCACAAUCGAAAGCUGAACUUGAAGAAGAAGAAGAUGAACGAGGUUUACUAAUUAGUAAAACAUCAACAACUGGUGUCACAAUGACAUCGAGGACAAAUAUCACAAUUAAUAGUGGAUCACGAGACCAGGACGAGCAAGAGAUAAGGGAUAAGGAUGUUUUGAAAAAUGGUGCACAACAUACUCUACUGACACAGGUCUAAAGAAUUUUUUUUUUCCCUUUUCGGUGAUAAUAUACUUAUACUGUCAUUGUCUUCUAAUGAUACAGUUCUGAAUAUUCAUUAAUCACCAGUUCUUUUCGAGAAAUGGGUGAAAUGGAAAUCAAUGUGUUAACAAUGAACAUUUAUUAUAUCUAUAUAGAGAGAAUUUGUAUAAUGUAGAGAGAGAGAGAGAGAAAGAUAUUCUGGAAAUAUUGUAUAUGUUAAAAGAAACAUUGUGUGUGAUCAUAUCAAGUAAUUAAUCUUGCAACGGACACUAAAAGGGUACAAUUUCGAGAAAGUGAAAUUAGAUGGAAUAUAUAUUAAUAUUUUAGAUGGAAUAAAGAAAAAGAAAAACCUAAAAAAAAUUGGGUUUUAGUUUCUAAUGGCCUAAUUUUUUAAUAAUUUAAGAAUCAUUGUUUUACAAUGUUGGAUAUAGAUCUGUUAGGGUAUGGUGUCAAUUUAAUCUCUUUCGAUUCUGCAAUUUCUAUUGAGCAGAAUUAAAUUCCUGUUCGAUUUUACAAAGACGAACGAAUUCUCACUAAUUCAAAUAUUUAGAGAAAAAGUUCAAUAAACAUUAUAAAUGUUUAAAAAAAAAAUAUCAUACACACUGAAAGAAGGUAUAUUUAAGAAGCAAACAAAUUAUAGGUUAUGUUUACGAUAGUUUUAUCUUGAUUAAAAGUCCUUUUUUUAUUAUGUAAUAGUAGUAAAAUAUACACAGGGAUUAUCGAAAUAUUCUUUAAUUACACAAUAGAAAAAAUUUCAAGUACAUACAACUACAUUUAUUAUAUUAUGGCGCAGUAUAUGAUGAAAGCACGACUUCACGAAUCUCUCUGCCGUCUUCACGGCAACAGGUCUCCGGUGUGACUUUGUCGUCUGCUACUUUAGUUCAUAUGCGUACCACCAGGUGGUAGACGUGCAGAAUUCAAUUUGUAUUAACGAAUAUAAUUGAAGAAAAUAAAAACAAUUAUGAUCAUUACAAUUUUUACUUAAAAUUUUUAAAAAUAACCUAAAAUUUUUUGCUUAGAUACCUUUUUUCUAAAUGCGUCACAUAUUAAAAUUUUUUUAAAAAAUUAAUAUUUUCAGAAAAAGUUUUUUCUGUUUUUAAAAUCGUAUAAAUAUGUCACGGUGAGCCAGAAGGAGGUUUAAAUAAAAAUGAAUUGGCACUUAAAAAUUCUUUUUGAUUAUGGUUCUAAGAUGAAUAAAAAACUUUUCUCAAUAGGUUUUAAAAUCAGCUUACGUGCCCAAUUUAAAACAAAUUGAGUUUUAAAUAUUUAAAAAUAGUGUUUUAUGAGAAACCAGAAUUUAUUUAAUGUAUACUUAUAUGCGUUUAGAUAAUAGAUGUUUUAGAUUUGGGUUCAUAUAAAUUUAUUAACAAUGAAGUUAUUUUCUUGUUUCGUUUUUAUAUUUAUGCAUUAAGAGUGUCGAACGGUAUCUGAAAUUCUUUGGCAAGAAGAGAGCUUUAAUUAUUGCUCUGAACGUGAAAUAGUAUUGAUUUUAAAAUACUUUUUUCUCGAAACACGAACACUUUUAACAAAAUCAGCCAAAAUCCUCAUCUUAUAAAUUUCCUAAAUCCAAAAGACUGUACGAAUUCAUAGAAAAACAUGGCUGCAAAACAAAAAGUAGAAAAGUAAUCUAAUAACAGCUGCGACUUUGUGCGCCCUGCAUGCUGCUGCCAUCUGACGGCGGCAGGAGGUAAUGUACCUGUCAUUAUAUUACUUUUCGUUUUGCAAUCGUGUUUUUGUAUAGAUUCAUAUAAUCUUUAGGAUUUAGGAAAUUUAUAUAAGAUAAGGAUCUCUAGCUGCUUUUGUAAAAAGUGUCCGUCUUUCGAGAAGAAAGUAUUUUAAAAUCAAUGUUUAUCAUUUUCACGUUUAGUGCCGUUUUUAUAGAGCGAUAAUUAAAGGUCUCUUCUUGCCAAAAAAUUUCAGAGACCAUUCGACUCUCUUAAAUAAAUUUUGUCACUCUUAAAAUCGUUCUUUUAACAUUAUAAUUUAAUUUUUUAAAAUUGGACACAAACACUACAACAAUAUAAUUAUUUAUAUGUAAAAUUGAAAAUAAGUAAUUAUUUUAUCAUUUAUUACAGUAUUUAUUAGAUUAAAUAAAUUCUGAUUCCCCAUAAAACACUGUUUUUAUAUAAAAACUCAAUUUUAUUUAAAUCGGGCACGUAAACUGAUUUUAAAAACUAUUGAGAAAUGUUUGUUAUUCAUCUAAGAAUCAUAAUCAAAAAGAAUUUUUAAGUGCCAAUUCAUUUUUAUUUAAACCACCUUGUGGCGCACCGUGAUGUUGGAUGUUAAAAAGAAAUGAAAAUACAAUUGUUUGUUAACAAAAUUGUUGUAAACAAAUUGUUGAAUUGCAUAAUAACCUUAAUGUAUUCCAUUGAAACUUGUUACACGGGGCGGUUUUCUGGGUCACUGAUUACGAAUCCGAUAUCAGUUUUAAAAAAAUUCAAAAUGGCGAAACUAAUAUGGUGAAAGAUUUUUAAGAAAAAUUUGAUCAAAUUCCCUUGAAAAUAGUUGCUCGGCGGGUUUUUUGAAGUCGCUGAUAACGAAUUCAUUGACAGUUUUCAAAAACCAUUUCUCUAUAUUUGAUCCGCUAUCUUUUAAUUUUAAAAAUUGACAUCGAAAUCAUGCUCAACUUCGCCAAACACUUCCGUGUAACAAAUUUCUUGACAAUCUUCCGACAUAAGACUCUUGUGAUUUUAAAACAAAAAAAAAUUUUUUUUUAAAGUUAAGAAAUUUCUUCCAUUUUUUUCCCCAAUUAUAAAAAAAAAAAAAAUUAUUGAAAACGAUUCAAAAGAGAUUGAAUCGAUAUCAUGACACAACUCUAUUAGGAACUUCUUUAAAG